CGCCGGGAAGGGUAGUCCCGCGAGAGCCGCCGAAGAUGGCGGCGCCGCCUCAGCCGCAGGUCCCUCCGCCGCAGCCCCAGGCGCCCCCGCAGCCGCCGAUGAUGGGCCAGGUGGGGCCCUCGGGGGCCGGGGGGCAGCAGGCCGCGGCGGGGGCGCCUCCUCUGGCCGCGGGGCCGGCGCCCUCGGGCAUGCAGGUGGCCGCGCAGGCGCAGGACUUCGACCCGGUGCAGCGCUUCCGCCUCCUGCUGCCGCAGCUGAAAGAGAGCCUGCAGAACCUGAUGAAGGUGGCUGCCCAGAACUUCGCCCAGAACACCAGCAUCGACAGCGGGCAGAAAAUCAGCGAAGUUCCAGUGCAGAGAGUAGACAAAAGCCUGGAGGAAUUUUACGCCUUGUGCGACCAGCUCGAACUCUGUCUACGCCUGGCCUACGAGUGCCUUUCCCAGAGCUUCGACAGCGCCAAGCACUCGCCCACCCUGGUGCCCACGGCCACCAAGCCCGACGCGGUCCAGGCAGAGAGCCUGCCCUACACCCAGUACCUCAGCAUGAUCAAGUCCCAGAUCUCCUGUGCCAAGGACAUCCACAACGCCCUCCUGGAGUGCUCCAACAAGAUCACGGGCAAGAUGCCCUCACAGGGAACCUUGUGAUCCGCAGGCCUUGUCUGGAUUCUGGCCCCUGGUGGGCUGCAAGAGGCAGAGGCCGAACUCCGCGUCUCGGUCUCACCUUCCGUCCAUCUCCGCUCGUUCUUUCAGCCCCACCCUGUGCGGUGUUCGAGUUUCGUAUAGGGUUGGCGUCCAUCACCAAAAUUCUGCCCUUCGCAGGCCGUAAAGCUCUCCCGUAGCUAGCUGGCCAUUUUUUCCUAAUUUUAUUUUCAUUUAGGGGAAAGCCCCGGCGAAGUCUUGCCCCACAGUGCCUCCCACAACUGCGGGAGAUUUCAGAGCUGACUACUUAAAAGACCACUUAUUCCAAAGGCCCAUCAGGCAGAUAAAUGACUUUCUCUAACUCAGUAGCCAGAAGAUGGAUCUGGGCAUGAAAUACAAAUUUUUUACGGACCCUCUUGUUGUCAAAUGUGUACCUGUAAGAGGAGGACUUCUGGGCUGAGGAGGAAGCUUCCAUAAACAUAUCUCUUUUUUUGCUCACUUUUCUGUUACACUUGAUCAAAGACAUUGCAACACAAUAAAAUCUGCCUUAUGA